AUGCCUACCCCGGCAGGCCCGCAGCGCGCCGAGGUCGUCCGGUUGCCUAUCACGCGCACUGCAGGCGCCGUGGCGGCAGCCUCCGCCAAGAAGGCCACCGAAAAGGCCGCCGAGAAGGCCGCCGAGAAGGCCGCCGAGAAGGCCGCCGAGAAGGCCGCCGAGAAGGCCGCCGAGAAGGCCGCCGAGAAGGCCGCCGAGAAGGCCGCCGAGAAGGCCGCCGAGAAGGCCGCCGAGAAGGCCGCCGAGAAGGCCGCCGAGAAGGCCGCCGUCUUGGAGCUGGACCAGCCGCGCGCGGUGGCACCCGUGGCGGGGCUGGCCGAGCCGCCGCCCGAGCUGGCCGUCAUCAAGUUCCGCGAGGUGCCGGGCGGCGACGCCUACCAGCUCGGCCACCUCGACAUCGGCGAGGGCAGCGACGUCUUCGGCUACCUGGCGGCCUUCCUGUCCUACGUGCAGCCCAACGACUUCCCCCUGGACUUGCUGAGCGACGUGCUGCGCAAUCGGGUGCCCUUGGAGUCCGUCGUCCUGCAGGCCCUGCAGCUGGAGGCGGGCUUUGUCAGCCUGUCCGCGCUCUACGUGCUGCUGGCCCUCGUCAGCCCCUGCGUGUGCCUGUGCUACGCCUGCGCCCGGAUCUGCGCCAGCGCCGACGGUGGUCAUGACAUCCCUCAUCCGCUCGACAUGUGGGACCCGCGCGUCGUGUGCGGCGGCGGCGACCCGUGUCAGCAGCGGUCGCUCCUCGCGCUGCUCACCGCCGUCCUGUUCGCGCUCAUUCUGUCGGUGUGCGCGCAGCUCGCCACCAACCAGCAGGUGUCCAUGGCGGUGUCCAGCGCGCCCGUGGUGGUGCAGGCCGCGCUGGGCGACGUGGACGUGUUCGUGCGCAACGCCCGCCUGCAGAUCGACUCGCUGAUCGCGGGGACCUUCCGCCAGGCCGUGCUCGCCUGCCGCCAGGACCUCAACAACGUGGACCAGCUGCUGGGGCGGCCCUUGCAGCGGGAGCUGGCCGCCGAGACGGGGCUGGACGUGGCCCUGGACGCCCUCAUCGACGUGGCAAGCGCCUCGCAGGCCGUGACCGCCAAGGUGCAGCAGCUGCUGGACACGGCGUCCGAGGCCAGGGAGGCCGCCGCGCAGGUGCACGACCGCCUGCAGGAGCUGCGCGGCCACGUGGACGCGCUCAAGCGGACGUGCCCGCGCCAGGAGAAGCCGCUGUGCGACACACUGCACACCGCGGGGCUGCACGUCACGCUGGGACUCGAGGCGACAGAACCAACAGCAAAACCCCAGACGGCUCUGACCAUCCUGACGCAGGUGCUGUCCGACGCGCGCCUGGCCGCGCUGCAGUCGCUGGGGUCGCGAAACCUGUCCUGGGUGGCGGAGCGCGCGCGCGCCGAGUUCCAGACCGUCCCGGAGCUGGUGGCCGAGCGCACGGCCUCAGCCAGGCAGGGCGUGGUGGACGCCCUGGACAGCCGCCUGGAGAGCAUGACGACGCUGCUGCAGCCGCUGGACGGCAUCUCGGACCGCCUGAGCCUGGACUUGGCCACGGCCAGGGCGCGGGCUCUGGAGCUCACAGACAUGGCCAACCAGUACGACACGUGGAGGUGGACGGCCAGCGUGGGUGAGUAG